GAUGGAAAGGAGCGUAUCCUACUCGACUUCGUCGAGGGCGACAAGGAAAACCCCUUCAACUGGGACCCCCGGUACAAGGCCUUCAUCUCGGUGCUCCUCUGUCUCAUGACGCUCUUCAUCGGUCUCGCAACCACCGCCUACAGUUCCGGUAUCGACCGCAUGACAAAAGACCUCGGCGUGUCCACCAUCCUAGGCCAGCUGGGUCUCUUCACCUUCAACUUCACCUGUGCCCUCGCCCCCCUCUUCCUGGCCCCCUUCUGCGAGCUCGCCGGCCGCCGCGUCAUCUACGUCGGCGCCUACAUCUGCUUCGGCCUGAUGUUCAUCGGCCUCGCGCUGGGCAAGAACAUCGCCACCAUCCUCGUCUGCCGCGCCCUCCUCGGCCUCUUCGGCUGCGUCGGCACCAUCCUCGUCGGCGGCACCUUCGGCGACAUCUUCUCCUACAUCGCCAUCCUGGGCACCGUCGGCGCCCCCAUCUACGCCGGCUUCAUCGACCAAGCCCUGGGCUGGCGCUGGGUGGAAGGCAUCCAGGGGCUCGCCAACAUCCCGCUCGCCAUCGUCUGCUUCUUCUGCCUCCGCGAGACACGCGGCAGCGUCGCCCUCGGCAAACGCGCAGACCUCAUCCGCCGGCAAACCGGCGACGAGCGCUACGUAGCCGCCACCGACCUCGAAGCCCCGGACAUCAAAACCAUGCUCUACAACUCGUCCAUCAAGGCCGGCAAGAUGCUCGUCACCGAGCCCGUGGUCUUCGCCUUCGGCCUCUGGAUCGCAUUCGCCUGGUUCCUCGCCUUCCUCUUCCUGUCCGUGAUCCCGAUCACCUUCCAGGAGAAGAAAGGCUGGGGCGAGGGCGUGUCGGGACUUCCCUACAUCUCACUGUGUCUGGGGACGACGAUCGGCUUCGGGCUGAACUUCCUACAGAUCCGGAAAUACAACUCGAUUGUCGCGCAGAACGGGACCGCGCCGCCCGAGGCACGACUAUACGGCGCCCUCUUCGGGGCCGUUUGGCUCCCCGUCGGGCUGUUCAUCUACAGCUUCACGCAGUACGCGUUCCUGCACUGGAUCGGGCCCUUCAUCGCCCUCGUCCUCAUCACCAUCGGCAUCUUCUUCAUCUUCGAGUCGUGCUACUCGUUUACCUCCGACUGCUAUGGCGAGUCGUCGUCGUCCGCUAUCGCCGGUCAGGGCUUCAUGCGGAAUACCCUCGGCGCGGUGUCGCCGCUUUUCGCGUCCCAGUUCUUUCAUAACGUGGGGAGCCAGUAUGCCGGGCUUAUCCUGGCUUUGGUGGCGACGUUUUUGACGUUCAUUCCGUAUGUGCUGUUCUGGUGGGGUCCCGCCCUCAGGAAGAGGUCGAGGUUGGCUUCUACCAAUACGGGGUUUUAG